AAACUGGAAGCAAACGUGGUAUCCGCAUGUACAAGUACAAAUACUCUCUGUACGCCAGAAAAGACUGACGUUUAUCGAAACGGAAAGGGAAGACGAAGCAUAGCGAACAAUGUUCGAUUUGAAAGAUUUCGAGCCGUCAACGUUUCCAAGAAUGCCGCAUGAUGGCUACAAAGUUUCGACGACAGAGAGGAUCGACCUGAUAAUCGCAGAUCACAAGGAUGGUAGUGUGAUCAACGUUGUUCCGAGUUUAACGGCGGCCUGGGGAACGGUGUUGGCCAGUUAUACAGAUUCAGACGAUGUUCUGUUUGGUCUGGCGCCGCCGCAAUCAGCUGUGCGGUCAUGUCCUUUGAGACUGCAACGUGAGGGACCAGUUAUAGCGGCAUUGAACCAGGCGGAAGACGUUAUCAGCGAGUCCGACAAGACACUGGAUGGGUUCCAGAAUGUUUUGGUUAUUCGAGAUGAUGGCGAUGAAAGCCUUGACGAGAGCGGGAUUUCAUACCCCCUCGCAAUAGUCUGUCGAAUUCGAAAAGAGGGAGUCCAGAUCCAAGCCAUAUUCGAUAGCAUGCUCCUUGUACGAGAGACAGUGCAAAUGAUGUUGUUUCAACUGCGCCACGCCUUUACCCGCAUCAUACAGAACCCCAAGGUUGCUCUCGCUGAGCUCCAAGCGACAAGUCCCGAAGGACUCGAAAAGAUUCUCCACUGGAACACAGCAACAGCGGCUCAACGCAAUGAGACACUCUGCCACCGUCUCAUUGAGCAACGCUGUGAAGAACAACCAUCCGCCCCCGCAGUCUGUGCUUGGGAUGGCACGCUCACGUACGCCGAGUUGGAUGCACAAGCAUCCAGGUUAGCCAAUCAGUUGGUUGAAGCCGGAGUCGGGCCGGAUCGAUUUGUCGGCCUGCUCAUGGAGAAGUCUAUGUGGACGACCGUCGCGAUCUUGGCUGUGAUGAAGGCCGGGGGAGCGUUGACGUUGAUGGAUGCCUCGCAGCCAGUGCAGCGUCUGGCCCUGAUGCGCCGCAAGGCUCAACCGCGGGUGCUGUUGGUAUCCCCAAACCAUGCUGCAGUUGCGGGAGGGCUCGAUGUCCCGGUUUUGAUGGUGCCCGGCAUUCAAGAGCAGGAUGAGACUUCCACCACAGCCUAUUCACAAACCGAGAUAGUCCGACCUCACAACAGUCUAUAUGCUGGAUUCACGUCCGGCUCCACAGGCGAGCCAAAGGGGUUUGUGAUGGAUCACACGGCGUUUUGCAGCGGCCUCGAUGCUUAUUGCGAACAAUCCGGUUUGACAUCUCAAUCGCGCGUGUUCCAAUUCGCCUCUCAUGCAUUUAUUAUCAGCCUUACAGACCAGAUCGCUCCUCUUACCCAGGGCGCCUGUGUCUGCCUACCGUCUGAGGACCAGUUGCAGAACGAUCUGGCCGGCGCAAUCCGUGAGCUCAAUGCGAACUGGGCCAAGCUGACGCCAUCUGUUCUUCAUCUUCUGGAACCCGCAGAUAUCCCUGGACUGCAGACCUUGAUCACCGUGGGUGAACCUAUGGAUACAGCCGAGCUAACAAAAUGGCAACGAAGUGGCGUCUCCCUCCUUUCACUAUACGGAUUGUCCGAGAAUUCCAAAGGUGGUAUGUUUGCCAGUCGCAAUGACUCCAGCUGCGAUAGUUGCAGAUUCAACCGACCAUUUUGCGCCACGCCUUGGGUUGUCAGUCGUCACGAUCCAAACAUUCUCAUGCCCAUUGGCGCUGAAGGGGAGAUGCUCUUCGAAGGGCCCUGUGUGAGCAAGGGGUACAUAGAUAACGAGGAGCAAAAUCGUAUGAUAUUUUUGGAGGACACCGCUUGGCUGAAACAGGUCCGUCCGGAUGGUCGUGGUCGGUUCCUGAGGACUGGUGAUCUUGUCAGAUACAAUCCAAAAGACGGCGCACUACACCUGCUUGGCCGUAAGGGAACACGGAUUAAGAUCCGAGGCCAACGUGUUGAGCUUUCUGAGAUUGAAUACCAAUUGCAUGCACAAUUCGACGAUGUCAAAGAGCCAGUGGUGGUAGAGGUGGUUGUACCAUCUGACGACUCGCAGCGCGAUCCCAUGCUGGUUGCCUUUGUGCCUGUUGAAAAACCUGGACCAUCACUGCAAUACCACAACCGAGUCGAAAACCUUUUCGUCCCUCCUAGCAAAGAAUUCCGCCAAAAGGCACAAACCACCUUGUUGAACCUCAGCAAAGUUCUUCCCAGCUUUAUGGUCCCAUCAGCCAUCGUUACAACUACCGCUCUUCCACGGACGCCUACUGGCAAGCUGCAUCGACGAUUGCUGCGCGAGAAAGCAUCGAAGCUAUGCCGUAAAGAUCUCCUCGCGUACACUUCUAACGAGGCUGCCCACCAAGAUCCUAUCACGGAACAGGAGAUAUUCCUCCAACGAGUCUGCGCUGAGGUGCUUGGUCUCCCGCCUAACACCAUUGGGAUGCAGGCCAACUUCUUGGACCUUGGAGGCAACUCAAUCCUUGCCCGCCAUUUAGUGACGCAAGUCCGUAAGAGCGGCUUGUACAUUACCGUGGCUGAUGUGCUCCGGCAGCCAUAUCUGUCCACGCUUGCGUUGUGCCAUCAGAGCUGCUGUGACAGCGCAGCCCCGGUAUUCGACGAUGUGGCUAUGGACCCAUUCGAAGACAUACAAACCGACCUUCUCGCCAAUCUCCCGGCGUCCUUGGAUGCUGCAGAUAUUGAGGACGUUCUCCCGACACAUGAUGAGCAGGAAUACAUGGCGGCCUGGCCCGAACUUGACUAUCAUCUGUUUGAAUUAACAGGCUCUGUUGACGCAGAUCGGCUCCAUCGCGCGUGCCAAGCCCUUGUUACGAACCAUACCAUUUUGCGUUCUGUAUUUGUCCCAUUCCGCGACACAAUGCUCCAGGUUGUUCUGCGCCAUGUGGACGUCGUCUUUUCUGUCCAAACUUCGACGGAUCAGGACGCGUUGAGCUGUGCUCUGGCAUACCGCGAGGCUGAUCUGCAGCAGCCGUAUCGCGCGGAUAAGCCUAGACUGGAGUUUAAGUUGGUCCAAGACGCACCAGAGCAUUCUAUCUUGCAUUUCCGGAUCCUCCAUGCCCAGUACGACGCGGUCUGUCUUCCAAGGUUACUUUCUGACCUCUGGGCUGCUUACGACGGCCAGGACAUCCACGUUGUAUCGGAUUACUCCGAUUACGCCCGUGAGUGUUCUCGGCAGAGGAAACCCGCCGCAUACCACUUCUGGCAAGACCUUCUCAAAGGGUCGAAGAUUACACCAGCCCCGGUCCGAGAGGUGCCAGUACCAGACGAGCAACGAACGGCCUUUGAAGUGGAUAUACCUCUCCUCACACCCCCGGCUGGGAUAACCGUGGCCACCGUGAUCAAAGCUGCCUGGGCAAUUGUCCUGCAGGAGUACACUGGGACCACAGAUGAUCUCGUCUUUGGUCAGUUUGUCAACACCCGCAACCUGUCAUUGCCCGGAAUCGAUGACAUAGUCGGUCCAUGUUUCAAUGUGAUCCCGGUGCGGGUCCCGCGGAGCAUGUUAUCAAGCUCCAUGUACGAUCUGCUUCGGACCAUCCAGUCUCAGCACGCGGAAUGCAUCGAUUUUGAGACUAUUGGCUGGAGGGACAUGUUCAGCCAAAGGCCGGGAGAUCCUACUGUCGAUCUCCCUGGUUCGGUGGUCAAAUUCCAGAACUUCAUCCCCGAACCGGAGCGACAAAUUGGCCGGCUGCACUGUCGAAAACUGCCCCAUAUAUUGUGCUGGCGUUGAAAUCAUCCAACGUGAUGCUCCGGAAAGAGGAGUCGGAGAAAAUGUUGGACCGGCUCCGGGAGGUGAUGCAAGAGAUAUGCAGUACAAGUACUUGUACAUAGCAGUACAUAAGGAUGGUGAUAGGAGACAUAUGUAUGGAGUGCAGAUUUAUAUUGAAGGAUGUAUAGAAUCCUUUGCAUGAUAUGUACUCAGUCUACUGGUAACUAUAUACGUACUAUCGAACUGAUC